UGUGACGAGCAGAAAGUCAUCGGUAGCAGGCAAGCAACACCACUCGGAGUGGCCAUAUUCGUCUUCGAAUUUAAGAUUUUUCCGUGCAAAUAGCGCCUCCAUUUUUGCCUUGACAAGCUGAAAAGCAAGUGAAUUUCGUUGUUACCUUUAUUGAUUGCGUGAUUUUGUGGUACACAAAGAACUGUCGAUUUUACAUUUCGCCCCAAUUUCAUUUUUUGCUGCUCCGUCGACGCAAUCGGAACCCAUUUUGUGUGCAGGAGAAAGUCUGCCUGGCUGGCCUGGUGUGGACGGAGUGUUUCCCAUUCGCCUUCGGGGACACAAGGGUUUCGCAUUUUGUAGGACUAAUUUUAGUGACUUUUCACGGUGUUUGCGUUUUUGUUUGAAAUAAUACUGCCAAAAAAGAGCAAUCAGUCGUGCGCUUCGCAGCGCGGAGUGUGUAGAAAAGUGUCAGUUCCUUCUCGCUGCGAGACGAUGUGUAAAAAAUCUCGGCUGUUCUCUCGACGAAUGUGCAGUUAAAGUUUCUUUCCAAUCAAAGACACAGUAGUAACAGAAGCUGUGUAGAAGUGCACUGGUGUUAGAACAGAUGAUUGUGUGUUUGUGCUAUCAGCAGCCGCACGACGAAAAGUGUAACUUAAUUUAAAAUAAUAAAAGAAAGAACUACAUAAUUUCAUCAGUAAUAGGAGAAGAAGAGCGAAGAUUUUACAAUAAGAGAUAAUACAUUCGAUGAAAGGAAGAAUCAUACAUGAAUCUAUGUUUUUAGUGAAUCACGAAGAACGAGUAAAAUUAAACUUGCCAAGAUUGGUCUAGUGGGCAGAAAACGCAGCUCGAAACCAGCAGAAACAUUCGCGGCAGCUGUCGGACGGAGAUAAACAAUGUCCAUGGACAAUCGGAACACCUCGGCCCUGUUCAAGCGGGCCGAGCAGUUGAAACGCUGGGAGGAGUCGGAAACCAACAAGCAGAGCGGUACUCCGAAGAGUCCGUCGAUGCGUCGGAUCAAGUUCUCCUCCGGCUGUAUCUUUCUGGCAGCAUGUGUUGCCGGUGAUAAGGAUGAAGUGUCCCGGUUGCUGGAAACCGGAGCCGAUAUUGACACGGCCAACGUUGACGGGCUGACCGCGUUGCAUCAGGCCUGUAUAGAUGAUAAUUUGGAUAUGGUGGAAUUUUUGGUACAGAAUGGAGCCGAUGUGAACAGGAAAGACAACGAAGGAUGGACACCCCUGCACGCCACAUCUUCCUGCGGGUUCCUCAGUAUAGCCCGCUACCUGAUAGAGAACGGCGCCGACCUGGCGGCCAUCAACAGCGACGGCGAGCUGGCACUGGAUCUGGCCUGCUCGGAUGCGAUGGAGGAUCUCAUCCAGCGACACAUCGACGAGCAGGGCAUCGACUGUGACGAAGCUCGCCAGAUCGAGGAGAAAAUUAUGCUGAUCGACGCGAAACGGUGGCUCCGCAGCGACAGCACUGACUGUGAUAAACCUCAUCCCAAGACUGGCGCGACCGCCGUUCACGUGGCGGCGGCGAAAGGAUACAUCAAAGUGCUCGGUUUGCUGCUGGACGGACGGGGGGACUUUGACAAGCAAGACGUGGACGGCUGGACACCACUACAUGCGGCCGCCUACUGGGGCCAGAAGGAAGCAGUACAGAUGCUAUUAAAUGCCAACGUGGACAUCGACAUCCAGAACUACAGUGGCCAGUAUGCGAUCGAUAUUGCACAAAAGGAUAUUGUUCCGCUGCUAGACGAAGCACGAAAGAACAUUAAGCGACCGAAACGGCGACCUGCUAGUCAUAUUAGAAUUACGGAUACAAUCGAGAAUAGCAUCGAAACACCCACAAAGGUCAUUCGAGUAGAAGUCAAACCAAUCGACAGCAAAGAGAAAGAAGAAUUCACCAGUGAUGGUGAACUGGAAGAGGAGGAAGGAAUGGAGGAAGAAGCAGAAGUUGAGAUCAACAAUGCACUGGAAGACAGCGGAAGUGAUCGUGAUGAUAAUGCCCCGGAAGAAGACUUGGUUGACGGCAGUCAAGCUUCGGAAGAAGAGUUGGAGAUCGAGGAAGGGGCAGAUGCAGCAGUUGGGGAAGAGGAAGCGAAGGAGGAAGAAGAAGAAGAGGAGGAGGAAGAGGAGGAACAAGAGCAGGGAUCAGAAUCAGAAGCUAGCGUUUCCUCAGAAGCGUCAUCUCCCUAUUCUUCCUCUAGUAGUAGUACAGAAGCUGACAGCAGUUUGACAGAAUCCGAUGCAGGAGAAAUAUCCAAACCCGUUCCGAUUUUAUCCCGACCAAGCCCAGUGCCGAUUGUGGAACAGCUUAUUGUUCCGAAAAAACGCGAAGGUGAUUUGCAACAGCAGCAGCAGAGUGCUCCACCGCCGCCACCAGUUCCUUGGCGCCGGGCGCGUGCCACCCCAACACCAAUUCCGUUUAUAGAACAGGCCCAACAUCAGCAGGACACGCUCAGGAUACGACAUAAUGGAGACCUUUCCGAUUCGUACCGAAAUCAAGUUCCUGAGAAAGAAAAUCAGCCAACCGAGCCCGAUGUGAUACUACGACGGACGCAGAGUUUCGAGAGCGAUGAAAAGUUCUAUCAAAAGUACGUGGAACUACGGGCUCGAAUACAGGCCAACUCGUGCCCGAUACUACCGAACACGAACAAUACAGCGAACGCGAAAACUGCCGUCAGCAACUACCUGGUACAAAGGUCAGCCUCACUCAAAGAUCAUCGAACACUAAGGAAAGCUACCAGCAACUUAGUGCUGGGAAGCACGGGUAGUACUACCAGCAGUCCAGCUGCAACAGGGAAUGUACAAACUUCCACGACGCCAUCUACCACGUCACCUCCAACUAGUCCCACCGGUACACCAACCACAACACCCAGCGCCGGUCAAAUACGCAGAUCCUUUGUACCACCGACCCGAGACGAGGAGAGUGAAACGCAGCGGAAAGCACACGCCAAGCGGGUCCGAGAAACGCGACGUUCGACUCAAGGUGUCACGCUGGACGAAAUCAAGAGCGCUGAGCAGCUGGUUAAAAAGAAAAACUCCUCCAACAGCGAUAAUGACCCGGCCACCAGCACCACCCCGUUUGCAACUACAGUAACAACAGCUUCAACAACCACCACAUCUAUGUCAUCAUCUACAUCCGCCCCCAUAAACGAUCGUGUACCGUCGGUGGACCCCAGUGGUACCAACAGCGAGGUAAGCAGCAAAGUUCCUUCUCUAGCUACGCCUUCCACCACCAGCGAAGGGCAAGUGUCCGCUAGUUUCACAAUCAGCGCUCCACCUUCAUCCGCCUUCAAAGCCCAGAGAGGCGACAUUGGUGGAGGUGGUGGCGGCGGCGAUGGAGGGGGCGGAGGGAGUCAUCAGCCAGUAACACCCGACGAAGACGGUAGCAAGAUCAGUGUUUCGUACACUAUUUCAACCCCGAGGCUCAGCAGCUCGACCACGUCGGAAAUCUCGUCGAACACCAAAGAGAAAGAUAAAGCAGACACUCCCACUGUGACAGCGGUGUUUAGUGUCCCGUCAAGCGUGAACCCCGCGACAACAACUAACAACAAUAACAACCCUAACAGUAGUAACAAUAAUCUUAUUAAAAAGACUGAAUCAGACGAGUUAACGAAAACUAAAGCCACAAUUGGCGACUAUUCAACCAACGUCAGUACUCCCACAACGUCGACAUCAACAGCGGCCACAAUUCGAGCACCUGCUUCCUUUAGUACGAGUAAGCGUUCGCUGUUCGACAUCGAUAACGCCAACUCGCUUACUCUGGCAGAAAAACUGCGCCAAGAGGCAAACAAAUACGCGGAGAGUGAUAAAGAAAAUUUCGUUGGUUUCAAAGGACCUACGUCCCUGCCUAGCACUACCGCUCCUGCUGCAAUAACUGCGAAAAGUGAUUUCACAUCAACUGUCGAAACACCGGCAUCCUCCGUCGAAGGUACGAUAUCAGCGCGAAAAGAUACAGCAAGCGCACCAUCUUCCCCGCUGCAUCAACAUCACCAACAAUCAACAGCCGAAAGAAGGCCAUCAUGGCGAUUGAAGGUUGAUGGCGGUUCAAAGUUUAAAUUGGAAGAUGCUUCGGCGCCUGUUAGCAGCACUCCCGUCGCUGCAUCUACCAAUACCGUCACAACCACCACUAGCAGUACCGCCACUGCCUUGGAUUCCUCGAAUAGCCGACAACAGCCGGAAUUUAAUAGUAUUUCUAUGUCUUCCUUGGCUCAGCGGAGACAGAACGGUGACAGCAGUAAUUUAAGCACAACGCGCCCGAUAUCGGCACCCGAGCUUGGUUCAACAACGACAGCCAUCAGCAGCAAUCAACAACAGCAGCCAGCGAAUGAUGCAAAUUUGCAUCUGCGAAGGCCUCUGAAAGCCAGCGAGGAGAACAAGGAGAACGACAAGGAAAACGAAAAUCGUGGCAAUGCUCAGGCAACGCAGGCCGUUAUCCAGAGAAGGAGACGCCCGAAGCGGCGGUCCACCGGUGUCGUACAUGUCGACAUGGAGGAUAUUGAUCCGGACCGGCAAGAUUCUCCUGUCGACGGUGAGGAGAAGGAGUCCGGUACAGAACGCGGUCGAUCACGGGUUGGUUCGACCGCUUCAGAACUUGCGGAUCAGAAAGACGCAGAGUCCAAGGAAAAUGGCGGUGAUUACAUCGACUACAAAGCUCUCUAUGAACAGGCCAAAGCUGAUAAUGAUAAACUUAAAGGCUCGCUAAGGAAAAAAGAAGAGGAAGUGAUUAGUUUGAAAGCCGCACUCGACAGGUUCACUACCGCGACCACAAAGAACAACUCGCUCUCGGAGCUGGAAAAGCGGGAAAGACGAGCAAUGGAGCGAAAAAUGUCGGAAAUGGAAGAGGAGCUCAAGCAACUGGAUGCCCUCAAAACCGAAAAUCAGCGCUUGAAGGACGAAAACGGAGCGCUAAUUCGUGUUAUUAGCAAGCUAAGUAGAUAGAGAAUAGAGGCGGCCACCGUUUAAAUGGGGGCGUUCGUGUGUUUGCGGGAGAUAUCGAUAGAUACCGAAAGAGAUAGAGUAAGAGAAAAAAGAGCAAAAGUCUCUCCCCAAGGUGGAGACAAUUUUCGGGAGCUUAAAUGAAUGGUGGAAUUUUAUGAUUUCGCCACACAAACAAACAAAAUGAAAAACUACUACACCGCUAGAGAACAAAACAGAAACUUUAAUUUUAUUACUAGACUAUUACAAAUAGCAAUCAAAUAAAAGAGAAAGAAACAAGUAUCGGGAACGUAGAUAAUCGGCCAGAAUUGGGCCGGAUAAUACCGCAAAGUUACUGUGCGAGCUAACUUUUAGAGUGCAAAAGUAAAACUAUUUACGAGAAGAUCAAAACACGAAAAACGAUUUCAUUCGCUUCUUACUAGAAUAUGUGGUGUUUAUCAGACCUUAUAUAUAUAUACUAACAUUUUCUUUUUCGUUAAGUUUAGGUGGUCUCAAUUUUUAAACUGUGAGAUGUUUUAAUUUUAUCUUUAGAGAAUUCCAAAUUGUUAGUUAUGUAAAAAUGGAUUUUCUUCAGUUGUUUUGAUUUACUUCAAAGGAAAUAAAUACGAAUGAUUGAAAUCCAGGUUAUAAGUGUUAGUUUUGACGCUGAAAAGAGAAAAAAACAACCAUAGUUGGAUUUUUUGAACCAUAUUUGGAUGUGAAAGUGAAUUUCAAAAAUGUGUAAAUUCUUUCUCGCUUCAAUUUUGUAAAGGAAAAAAAUGGCUUUGUUGAGUAGUACCGAGAAUCUUUAAACAAUAAUUAGACUUGUUCGGUAAGGUUUUGUGUAAAGAAACAGCGAAGUAUAUUUAUAGAUUUUUAUAGCGAUUACACGCAGCAUAUUUAUAUUUAUACAUCAUUUAGGAAAAGGCCACAGAGAGAACUAGAGAUAAUAAUCACUUUUUGUCACAAGUUUCUUCUACGAUUGUGCUAAUUGGAGUAUAACUGCAACGGAAGUGGUUCCUUGUUUGAAAUGAUAUCUCAAAGGAGAGCCACGUGUAAUACCAACAUACACACAAACACAAACGUAUACACCCAACCACGGAUUUGAUCUCCAUUGGCUCCUAUAGGGCUUCAAUAUACAUAUAGAUAUUUGUAAAAUUGGUGUUUUUCAGUAAUAAUUUGCGCUGUAUAACCAUUCUCCAAAGCACUAUCUCCUGCAUUGUUUUGUACCAAUUUUGGCAACAUUUGCUUACUUACUCCCAACUUCCAGUGGAGGCGUUAGUGUUCAGGUUUUCCACAGUGUAUAAAUAGUGAAAAUGGCAUUUCAAUUGAAUACAUUCUACUGCCGACUAUCUGUUUUGCAAUUUCCCUCUCUGGAAUGCUUUGUUUCCAUUCAAAUUCGUCCCACUGUAGUCAGUGAGUGCUAUAGUUAGAAAGCUCCUCAUUUCCAGCCAAGAGAGGACUGGUCCUCCUUGGCUAGUACUAGCAAGCAUGUUACUCUUUUUGUUGAAAUUGGUUCGUUUGUCGGUAUUUUUGUGUCUAAAUGUAAAGUUAAAAACUGAGAAAAAAAUCGUCUCAAGUCAGAGUCGAAAUAGUUUGGCCACAAACGAGUCCACAUAAUCUACUGUUAUUUGUGUUAUUAUUGUAUCUCUUGAAUUUAGUUCAUCGAUAUUUGCUCUUAAGUCAUUCAAAUAUGUACGUUGUAGGAAGGGAAAAUAAGCAAACAUAUGAAAAUACACAAGCAAGUACUUCCCUGUCUAUUCAUGAUAAUUUUACUACUAUUGUAAUUAUUGAUUACUAUUACCGAUUAUCACGUUGUAUUUUGUCCUCGAGUUAAGUCAAAAAAGCACACAUGCAACACACCCAUACAUUGUAAUUUAUGUUUUGUAUUAGUAUGGAAAACUUUAUUAUUUUCAGAAAAAAAAUAUGAAAAAGUUCAAAAUAUAAAAAAAUAAACGGUCA